UAAAUCUCUCCGCUCCUCCCUCAGUCUCAGUGACAAGCCCGCAGAGCCUCUUUAACGCAUCCAGUGGAAAUGACAAACCAGAGGCGCUCCGCGGGGCCAGCAUGUCAAAUAAUAACAAUAAUCAUCAUGGGCUUUAGCGACGGCGACUCAUCCCAAACUCACACCCUCGGACACUAACGAGGCAUCUCUGGUCCCGUGUUUGCGGGUCUGCGGACGCCUCAAAGUUGGAGCGGGCUCGCCAAAUGGACGUCGAUGGACUGGAAUGAAACCUCCACUUCUGUCGGACUGAAGGAAGGAGGGAAAGAAACCUCUGCAUGUUCAAGUUUCCUGCUUCAACCAGAGGGGCAUCGCUGCGUGCUUGUUGGAUGUGUGUGUUGGGUGCGUGUGUGUGCGCGCCCGCAGGACCAGCAGCAGCAGCAGCAGCAGGAGGAGCAGGAGGAGCAGCGGCGGCGGCGGCGGUGGUGGAGGUGGUGGUGGCCGCGGGAAGGGAAGUUUAGCGCCGUGAUUUGUCGUCUCGUUCCCCUCUAUCCUGUUGUGUUGUUUCUCAUGUCACACCGGGGGACAGGCGGAUUAACGUUUCCCUGAUGAAAAUUAAUCAUCUGUGGAGAGACUCUGUGAUCGUGACUAUGAUGAUGAUGUCGAGUAAGAGCGUGGAGUGGCUGCAGGAGGAGCUGGAGUCCGGGGCCAGCUCUCUGCUGCUGCUGGACUGCAGACCCCAUGAGCUGUACGAGUCCUCGCACAUCGAGUCGGCCAUCAACCUGGCCAUCCCGGGCCUCAUGCUCCGGAGGCUGAAGAAGGGCAACCUCCCCAUCCGCUCCAUCAUCCCCAACAACGAGGACAAGGAGAAAUUUGUGAAGCGGUGCAAGACGGACGUGGUGGUGCUGUACGACGAGGCGACCUCGGAGCGGCAGGAGUCCGGGCUGGGGAGCUCCGUGCUGGGGCUGCUGCUGCAGAAACUGCGGGACGACGGGUGCAAGGCUUUCUACCUGGAGGGGGGCUUCAACAAGUUCCAGUCGGAGUACCCCGAGCACUGCGAGACCAACUUGGACUGCUCGUGUCCCAGCAGCUCCCCGCCGGCCUCCGUCCUGGGCCUGGGGGGACUCCGCAUCAGCUCUGACUGUUCAGACGGGGAAUCUGACCGCGAGCCGGGCAGCGCCACGGAGUCGGAGGGCAGCCCGCUCCCCAACAACCAGCCAGCGUUUCCCGUCCAGAUUCUGCCGUACCUUUACCUGGGCUGUGCCAAAGACUCCACCAACCUGGAUGUGCUCAGCAAGUACAACAUCAAGUACAUCCUCAACGUGACGCCCAACCUGCCCAACAUGUUCGAACACGAAGGCGACUUCAAGUACAAACAGAUCCCCAUCUCUGAUCACUGGAGCCAGAACCUCUCGCAGUUUUUCCCUGAGGCCAUUUCAUUCAUUGACGAGGCACGCUCAAAAAAGUGCGGCAUCCUGGUGCACUGUCUGGCUGGGAUCAGCCGCUCCGUGACGGUGACGGUGGCCUACCUGAUGCAGAAGCUCAACCUGUCUCUCAACGACGCGUACGACUUCGUCAAGCGGAAAAAGUCGAACAUUUCCCCAAACUUCAACUUCAUGGGCCAGCUGCUGGACUUUGAGCGGACGCUGGGCCUCAACAGCCCCUGCGACAACCACUCCACCUCCCCGACGCACGACCAGCUCUUCUUCACCACCCCGACCAAUCACAAUGUGUUUCAACUGGACACGCUGGAGUCCACAUGAAAAUUACAGGGGGGACUGUCCCUUUUUUUUGGCAGGGUUAAAGGUGAUGUUGUUACACUGGUAACAAGAGGCUGCGCUGGAGGAAAGCAGCCGGUUUUAAUGAAUGUUUUAGCCUCCAGAGGCUCGUUGUCUGAGAGCCUGGCCACGGAGCAGCGUCGUAGGGACAGGGGAGGUCACACAUGCCAAGUUAAACAGGGGACGGGGUGCUUUUUAACCCAGAGGGGUGACUAACAAGUGGGUUUACGAUGGCGUAACCUCCUCGGGAGCUGAUUGAAAUGGAGGGGAGGAAGAGCCCCGAUCGACUCGUCUUGUCGCGGGAGAUUUAACUUACUGAGAAACUGAGCGAAGGACACAGCAGGACCGACAGCUUCAUACAAAGAUAGGAAAAACCUACAGCGCUCGACUUACGAGACAAUGACAUCCUCUCUGUCUUUCUGUCUCGGCCCUCCAGCCGGGCUGACUGGUGCCAAGUGGAGAAUCUGGGAUUUACUUGUAGGAAAUCUCGCUCUACAGAAUGUAGAGUUUUACAAACCAAGGAAUUAACACACACACACACGCACACACGCAUAAACAAAGUAUGUAUGUUUGUACUGUAUGUACUGUAUGUAUGUUAACAUACAUAGCAGAAAAUGUAUGGGCAGUCCUUAACAAAUUCAGUAUGUCUAUAUGCAUUUUUGUAUAUUUUUGUGUACAUUUACGCACAAAUCUAUACCUUAUAUAAAUAUAUACGCAUAGAAAUCUUAUCUAUCCAAUCCAACAAUGGCUUAAGAGAUUGUAAAACUAAAGAAGGGGAAUGGGUGUGGCGACGCCAACAAAGAGGAACGUUGUUGUGAUAUUCCUAGUUGUCUUUUUUUUUCUUUUCUUUUCUUUUUUUGUAGUUUCGUUUUUCUUUUAGGUUCGUAAUGACCUAAUGCAGUUUGCACAGUGGUGUAGCCAUUGACUUGUUGGCACUUGAAGCCGGUGCUGGAAGCAGGCAGAUAAAGAGACAUUCAGAGACGAGGAGCGGUGAGGAGAGGCCAGUCCCAGGCUGCGACGAGUCCCGACAGCUGCACAGUAGAGUGGGGAGGGAGCAGGAACUGGCCCCCGAGCCCAGGAUGAGGUUCAGGGGUUAGACGGGGGUGAGAUAGGGGCAGAGACGGGCAGCGGGUAAGAGUCGGGCAUGGGGGGGUUGGGUAAGGGUGAAGAUACUAGAUUUGACAUUUGGCCAACUGUUUCAAUCCAGUUCCUACUUCCUCCCCCGUAUGACUGUUCAUCCAGUUGCCUUACAAGAAGCACCAGUUGUUUCCACCAGCUGUUUUGAUUAGUUUAAUUUCAGUUCCAAACUAAACUACUGAACUUCCUUAGUUAUUUCAUCACAGCAUAUUGUCCAACCAGUAUGUGUUGCCAAACUGGUUUCUCACAGCUCUGACGUUUGUACUCUGAGACUGAAAAGCUAGGUUGUUUGGGGAUGCUAAGGCAGCGUAAA